AUGGAGUGUGAAAAAUCACUCCUUAUCUUCUUACCAUUUGGGUCGGUAAAAAUAUUGGUAGCUGGGGACAGAAAAGAAAAAUGUUACGCUGAACUCCCAUGGAAACUCGGGGCUCUAUCAACGAUGAUAGAUCUUCAUCUUCCCAUCGCUUUCCCACUUCACCACUCCCUUACCGUUAGAUCUUCGAUCAGUUUCCUGUUUGAGAAAAUGCAUACGACGGUAGAGAUAGAAUUGUGGUUACCGGAGAUGGGGACUAGAGGUAUAAUAGGGGCGUUGUUGAAAUCUUUUGGUCCAAGUGAGCAUGGCACUCGCCUUGUUCGUAAAGGAAGAAGGUUGGGUCGAUUUGUCAGACACAAAUUCUGGCUCUGGAUGUUUCUCUUUGCAACCAUCUUUUUGAUUUACUUGCUACUCUUCGGCCUCAAUAUGCAUUUUCCUGCUAAAUUAGAAGGUAGUGGUACUAGUAUCCGUAUUUCAGCACGGCAAGAAAUUUUGCCAUUUCAUGUUGUUGGAAGACCACCCAGAAGCAAGCAUCGUAAGCAGUAUUUGCCUUGCGAGGUUGGGUUUCUGGAAUCAGUUGAGUAUCUUGUUGAACCAAAGGAAGUCAUGAACUUUACACAGUUUUCACUAGAGUUCAUUGACCAAGAGGGAAUACCUUCCCAUAGUAAUAUAUAUGAACCUAGAUUUGGAGGACAUCAGACACUUGAGGAAAGAGAGCAAUCUUUCUUUGCCAAAAAUCAAACUCUACAUUGUGGAUUUAUCAAAGGACCACCUGGAUUCUCAAGCACUGGAUUUGAUAUAGAUGCGAAGGACAAGGCAUACAUGAACGAGUGUAAGAUUGCAGUAUCUUCAUGCAUUUUUGGAAGCUCUGACUUUCUUAGGAGGCCUACAAGCAAAAAGAUAAGUGAAUAUUCCAAGAAAAACGUUUGUUUUGUAAUGUUUGUGGAUGAGCAAACAUUGGGAAAAUUAUCAUCCGAGGGACAUGUUCCUGAUGUUACAGGACGAAUUGGCUUGUGGAGGAUAGUCAUAGUGAAGAAUUUACCAUAUGAGGAUAUGCGCAGAACUGGAAAGGUGCCAAAAUUUUUAUCACAUCGCCUUUUCCCCCAUUCAUGGUAUUCAAUUUGGCUUGACAGCAAGAUGCGACUUAAUACUGAUCCAAUGCUGAUUAUUGAAUACUUUUUGUGGCGAACAAAAUCAGAAUACGCCAUUUCCAACCAUUAUGAGCGACAUUGUGUCUUGGAGGAGGUACUCCAAAAUAAGCGUCUUGAUAAGUUCAAUCACACAGCCAUUGAUGAACAGUUUGCAUUUUACCAGUCUGAUGGCCUCACCAAGUUUGACCCUUCAGACCCAAAUACCCCUCUUCCCAGUUAUGUUCCUGAAGGUUCAUUUAUAGUCCGGGCACAUACACCAACUUCAAAUUUAUUUUCAUGCCUUUGGUUUAAUGAAGUUGACAGGUUUACCUCCCGUGAUCAACUAAGCUUUGCAUAUACGUACUUAAAAUUGAGGAGAAUGAACCCAGAUAGACCAUUCUACCUAAGUAUGUUCAAGGACUGUGAGCGCAGAGCACUAGUCAAGCUAUUCCGGCAUAGGGAAGAGCCAUCUCCUCCUGAAACUCCGCCUCCUUUGGUUCUAUUUACUAAAUUCAUCGAAGUUUAUGAAAGACCUUAUGUUGUUUAUGCAGGGAUGGAGACUGAAGUGAAAACCGAGCUAAUGUCAGCUGCUCGUUUAGCGAGAUUGAACGGUUCAACUCGUUGUAGGCUUUUAGCUGAUGCUGAGCCUGAAUGGCUGGUAGGUUUUGUUGUUGUUGCACCUGACCAUGUAGCACACAGAGAGGAAUUUAAUUUGGCAUUAUAA